CUGAACGAUCCUACUGCUUGCAGCUUGCAUUUACGACGGCGACGACGAGCGCAAGCUGGUUGACUUGCAUGACCGGCUCGUAGCUGCUGUGGAAAAGGCUUGGUGAACUCGCCUCUCGGAAUCUGACCCUCGAACCUCCCCUUUGACUUCGACGCGCCUGAGGAGCAAACGUCCCGCAUGAUGCACUCGCCGAAGGCCAGUCAGGCGCGCAAUAAUGCAUCAAUAUUGGACUCGAUAAAACGAAUACCGACACCGUUGGCCAUCCUCAUAGGACUUCUAUGUGGUAUAUUCCUGCCUCGGUCUCUCUCGUGGAACUCCGCACCACCGACGUGGCGAGGUACCGCCGGACCUUCCCAGCAAUCCCGCACAACGCGCCACUCGAUCGCCCUACCCAGUAUCGAGCAAAGAGCUCGAGUCCUCGACCUCCUCACAUCCCUCUCUCCCCGCUACACUAAAGAAUGCACACGACACUCCCAGCCACUCUACGUCCAACAAGCCCGGGACCGGUACUCUCCUCUGAUCGGAUACGACGCGCCCUCGCGCUCCUCGUGGCUCGGCGGCCUCGGAUUCUCCCCGUUACAAGAAGACACGAUGCCGCUGAACAUCCAAAACGUGCGGCGCGACCUCUCCGGGGACACGCACAAAUACUUCUUCGCCAUCAACCUCUACAACUCGUUCGACAUCAUCCCGGACCUGUUCGCGACGCUCUUCCGCGUCGCGGCCGUGCUGGGGUACCACAACGUGUACGUGUCGAUCUACGAGAACGGGUCGACGGACCAGACGAAGGCGCUGCUGCGCAUCUUCGACGCGCUCACGCGGAGCGUCGGGAUGCGCGUGACGAUCCGCACGUCGAUGCGUACGCGCGGCGCGUUCAACCACCGGAUCGAGUACCUCGCGGAGGUGCGGAACGCGGCGUUUGGGCCGCUGUACGAGCUGCGCGACGCGCACAACGAGGUGUUCGACAGUAUCAUAUUCAUGAACGACAUCCUGCCUUGUUUGGACGACAUCCUCGAGCUUAUCUGGCAGAGCAGGCGGAAUAAUGCGGGCAUCACGUGCGCUGCUGAUUAUAUGUACCAUGACGAGAUUGGAGCACCGGUGUUCUACGACAAUUGGGUCGCGCGGGAUAUCAACGGCACCGCUCUCGAGAACGCCCCGUUUGAGUCUGUGUUCCACCACCCGGAAUCUUCGGACCGCUUCCAGCGACACCUGCCCAUUCAAGUACAGUCGUGCUGGAACGGUAUCGCGAUCCUGGACCCCGCCCCGUUCUACUCGCCUCCACACGUGAAGUUUAGGAUGGCGCGGAUAACGGAAGGGGAGUGCUCAGCUAGUGAAUGUAGUCUGAUCUGCAACGAUUACUGGGACGCGGGCUACGGGCGAAUUCUGAUGGUCCCAAGAGUGAAGUUGGCAUAUGACAGUAAAGUGUUUGACAUCAUCCACCCGCCGCGCAGAAAUUUGACCGCCAUUCGCGGCUACGUGCGCCUUGGUGGCUUACCUGACGAUCCGCGUACGGACCCGCAAGAUCGCUCGUGGUUCGGACCGCACGACCGACUGUUCGUUGAGGAAGAAGGCGAGCCCGUCGACUUCGUGCCGGGGCCCGAAUACGUGUGGUGCUGGGGAUGGGACGGCGCGGGGGACUUGGAUGGACCUGAUGUAGAUCCCAUAUGGGAGCGCAGGACGAAUCGCUCGACGAGAUCGGAGGCCGUGUCGGUUAAGCACCAUCGCGAAAUGAGACUUUACUAGUUACUUGUUCUGUCGCGGGACUUUGGCUAUAGACAGUUAUGAUAUGGGUUUACGUGUAAUUGAGCUAUUAGUAUAUAUUUGACGCUCCUCGGUCAGGGUCUAUGGUCCUCGGAAGGUGGGCAGUUGGUG